CAAAAAUUGUUCAAUACAAAGUGCUCUUGUUGAUUGUUGUUAAAUUAAUUGUUGUGUAUGCUUAUUAUAACAAUAUUAUUCCUUUCAUUCGUGAAACUAAUGUGAAACUUGUGAUGUGAUCGUGUAAUCUGCAAAUAUGGUUGAGCAGUGACAGCCUCUGUACUACAAUGCGUCAUGACUGUUAGGAAAACAGAUUUACUCGACACCCAGGAGUCGGACAAAUUUGCGGUAGCGUUUGGUGACGGUAUCUGUAAUGAUGGCACGUCGCUCGGACGCCGUACGCACCGUGAGCGUCGCCGUUGUCGGCUUGUCUGGAAUGGAACGCGACAAAGGACAAAUGGGCGUAGGAAAAUCCUGCCUCUGUAACAGAUUCAUGAGGACACUGACUGAUGAUUAUAGCGUCGAUCAUAUAUCCGUUUUGAGCCAGACCGACUUUAGUGGCAGAGUAGUCAACAAUGACCAUUUCUUAUAUUGGGGCGAAGUUCUCAAAACCUCCGAGGAAGGUGGCGAGUAUAACUUCCACGUUAUUGAACAAACUGAGUUUAUCGACGACGCUUCUUUCCAACCUUUCAAAGGAGGUAAACUCGAGCCUUACGUAAAGCGUUGUGCGGCUACAAAGAUAACGUCUGCUGAAAAGCUCAUGUACAUAUGCAAGAAUCAACUUGGCAUAGAAAAGGAAUAUGAACAAAAGGUCCUUCCGGACGGAAAAUUGAACAUUGAUGGUUUUAUAUGUGUGUUUGACGUGAGUGUCGUUCCAAACCGUUCACUUGAAAAACAGAUUGAACAUGUGGCUGGUAUACUUAAUAGUUUGAUGAAAACUAAAAAACCCAUAGUUCUUGUAACCACAAAGAAUGAUGACUCCAACGAUGCUUAUACGCGAGAAGCUGAAAAAGUAAUUCAACGCAAAGAAUACAAGGGUCAAAUUGCUAUGAUAGAAACUUCAGCGCAUCAAAAUAUAAAUGUAGAAUUAGCAUUCAUUUAUCUAGCCCAAAUGAUAGAUAAGGCAAAAAUUCGAUCGAAGUUAAUUUCAUAUGCUGAAGCAAAUAGAAUGAGGAAGGAAAUGUUAGAAGCUUCUACAGAUGCAUUCUCACGAUUAAUUAGGACCCAUGUUAAAGAUCACAGGGCGACAUGGACGCAAACAGCUAAGAAACUAGCUGGUCAGAAGGAAUGGACAUAUUUUGUAGAGCUAUUUGGAUUGGAUGGAUCUCAACGUUUAUUCCGAAAGCAUAUCAAACAAUUACGAGAAGAGCAAUUAGCAUACAAAUUAACCAGAUAUAUAGAUCAACUCUCCAAAGUUCUUCAAGAAAUGAUACCUGACAUAAAUACUCUCACGCAAAGUGAUUGGCCAACAAUACAAGAAUAUUUGAAAUCUAAUAUUGAUUUUGAACGUUAUUUCUAUGAGUGUCCCGAUGGUGAAACCUGGACAGAAAUGGAUUUAAGUGACACUGAAGAAACUAGAAUACCUUUUGAUGUCCUGGAUACACCGGAAGCUGAAACAAUGUAUAAGAAUCAUGUCAAUUCUUUACAGCAAGAGAGGAAGCGCCUAGAGAUGCCAAAGCGAUGGAAGAAACAAUUUAAACAACUACUGGAAGACACAGGCUAUGUAACACCAGGUAAAAAUUUAUCUGAAGUCAGAGUAUUUUUUAUGGGACAUGAAUGUUUCGAGGCUUUGUCCGAGCAUGAUUGCCAACAGAUUUAUGAUAAUCAUCAGAGGGAACUUGUUGAAAACGCCAAACAUAAUUUUCAGGAACUUUUACUGGAACAUGCUGAUAUAUUUUAUCAUUUUAAAAGUGUAGUUCCAUCAGGUGCCAUAACGCAAGAAGAUAUCAAAGAAAUUACAGAUGUAUUGCAAGAUGAUUCUAGAUACAAAUUACUGGAUAGAUUAGAUCAAGAUCGUAAACUUAUGCUUUUUCAACACCUUGGUUUUGUUCAUUGUCCAAUAAGGGAACAUUGUCCGGCUUAUCCAAAUUGUAUGGAUGCCCUCAUUGAGAGGAUUCUAGGAACAAAAGCACAUAGACCUUCAUCGUGGAGUAACAGUAAUCAUUGGCUUUUGAGUUCUGACAAUAAUCAACUAAAUCUUGUAUUUUUGGGCGCACAUGGCUUGGCUGAAGAUUUAGUUCAGAAAAUAAGAUCGUAUUGUGAAACAGAUGAAUUUGAGAUGGAUGGGCAACUGUACAGUUUAGAUUACCGAGUCAUAACUGGAGAUGUUGGGCUUCCCCAAAACUCAUUUAGAACAGAAGAUUUUGUACCUCACGGAAGUUUUUGCGUGUAUUCAAAUCAGUCUUCAUUUGAAUAUCUAAGAGACAGUCUUGAGAAAACACUAUUAUCAAACUUAGAAAAAGAGGAUAAGUUACCAUUCCAAGGAUUGCCUAUUGUUAUAAUGUUUAUACAUGAUCCAUUCAUUGAUGAAAAGGACAUUUUGCUCCUUUGUGAAGAUGGACAGAGUUUAGCUGACAGUUUACAAUGCCCAUUUAUCAAUAUAUCAUUGAAAGAAAUGAGCUCAGAGAAUUUAGUGUCUAAUGCUCUUCAACAGCUAAUAGAGAGUAUACAUCAUCGAGCAGGGUUUCUGAAUAUUUAUCAGACAGUAGUAGAGUCCUGUGAGCCGGAUAUAAGGAUAAUAAUGUGCAUGUUCUGUGCCGAUCCGUAUGCCGUGGAAAAUAUUCUUGGUCCACUGUUAUCACACCAAUGUUGUUUUUUAUCUGGUGAGCGAAGUAUAAUUUUGGAGACAUUUUUAGGGGAUUCAAAACGCAAAGUAGAAGUUAUAAUUUCAUCAUUUCACGGAGCUAAUGCAUUCAGAGAGGAAUUGGUACAUGGUUUUAUAUUAUUAUAUUCAGCAAAAAGAAAAGCUUCAUUAGCAACUCUGAAUGCUUUUUCAUUCAAUAUACCAAAUCUGCCAAUUCAGAUAAUGGCAGUUACUGAUAGUGGUGGUGCCAAUGCAUUUUUUAACUGUGAUAUAAGUCAUCAGUUAAUAACUGAAGGAAAUGCAACUGCUGAUAGACUUGGAGCACAUUUUUUGACAUCUACAUCAAAUUCUCAACAUAAAACUGCAUUUUACACCCCUUUCUUCAAAGAAGUAUGGGACAAAAAGCCUGAGAUUGAGCAAGCUUUUAAUAUGGAAGAACCCCAAAUGGUUGUAUCAGGAGACGAAGAUGAUGACCAUUAUCAUAGUAUCCAACAUGCAAGAAAUGACAGCUAUAUGAUGAAGAGCAAUGAUGGAAGUGGAUCUGAAAAUUAUGAACGCUUACCCAUAAUUUCUUUGGACUCCUUAAAUGGGCCAGAUGAUUUAAUGAGUUCGAGUGACCAUAGUGAUAAAUAUGCUCACAUUGGAGGAGGAUCACAUCGACAUCAUCAAUCCUAUCAUCAUUCAGUGCAUCAGGAACAGCGCACCAGGCACCAGAGACAUCAUCAGUAUCCAUAUAAUUCUAGAACAAAUGGAGAUUCUAAUAGGAUUCAGGACCACCAAGGGUUUCAGGUGUAUCCGCCGCCCACGACACCGCCCGAACCUGCACCGCCAGACCAACAGUACGGCACCAGGCAACACGUGACCGCCUCUCAAACCAGCUUGGAUGAGAUCACAUCUGACGUAAGCGGUUCCAGAGAAUCCUUAGCUACUCAUGAUUCAGAUGGUGUUGUUCUGACUGGUGAACGUACCUCUCGUCAAUGGAUUAAACAGUAUGGUGGCCAUCACGCAUUCACAACUGGACGAAGACGUAUAUCUGUUCCAAAAUCAAGACCUAAAGGUGUCAGCCAAACACUGAAGCAACCAGGAAAAUUGAACCUGAAGAAUUUUUCAAUAGUAACAGAAGCUAUUGCACGUAUGAAUGUUGGUGCAGGAAAUGUUAAAGGAUCACAUGGUGGGAAAGCACAAACUGGUAUGAAUACUUUAGGACAUGCGCCAUUAGCUGCUCCAGAAGAUGAUAAUGAGGAAGCUGAGUAUGCCAAGAUUAAAGAAUUAAUGCCACCUUAUGGGCACAGUGAUAGUGAGUGUGCUUUCACCUUAGAGCAAGAAGCUCUUGCAAACAAACUUAAGCAAAGUAAAACCAGACAAAGGCGAGAGAAAGGACAACCAUCAUACUCUGACACGGAUAGUGAAUGGAGUUCAUUAGAACGUCGCCAAAGAGCUUCUGAAGUUUAUUGCAAAGUAAAUCGUAAGUCAAGUACGCACAAACGAGCUCGCAAAAAACGAAGUGCCAUACCAGUACAGCCACCUCGAGUACCACCUCUUGGGAUGUAUGUGAUGCCCCCAGAGUUGCCGCCAAUGGCUACAAGUGUUGCAGCUUCCGGCGAUGAUAAGUUGACUAUGGAUGGGAAUGAUAAAGCUGCCAGUGAAUACAAUUCGGACUCUAGUGAAGGAAGCGAUAUUCGUAUGAUGGCACAACAACGCAAGUUUAAUAUUAAGAAACAUAUGAAAACAGCUGGAAUUUUAAAUAUGGAUAUCAACUCAAAAUUAAUAUCAUCUGAGAUUAAAUCCUUAAGAAAUACAAAUUUCAUCAAUAAUUGUAACAUGCAUCCUUUUUCAAAUGAGUUUUAUAUAAAUAAGCAAAAUUCAUUUGGAUUCAAGCAAGAAGAUGAUUCAAGUUUAGAUGUUUCAUCACCAAGGGACAAUAAUUCACCAAUGUUUGGUUUGGGGUCCAAGUUUGCCAAUAAAGAAUGCGAUCGUGAAAAAUUGAUACGAAAGAAAGAAAAGCAGAAAGCAAAAGAUGAUGAAAAAUUAGAAAAACGUCGUAUCAAAGAGGAAAAACUUCGAAAAGUUGCAGAGAAAGAGAAAGAACGUGAAAAGAAGAAGCAGAAAAAUAAGCAACAACAAAAGUCUUCUUCAACAGCGGGUGCUCAGUCAUUAAUUAUUUUAGACAAUGGUGUUCCAAUGUUUCUUGAAAAAUGUGUUUAUUUUAUUGAAGCUGAAGGUUUAGACUCUGAAGGAAUUUAUAGAGUGCCAGGUAAUAGGGCACAUGUGGACUUACUAUUUCAGAAGUUUGAAGAAGACUCGUCUGUAAAUAUUGGUAACCUAGACAUACCUGUGAAUGCUGUUGCUACUGCCUUGAAGGAUUUUUUCUCCAAACGUUUACCACCUCUGCUUGAUGAGGAGUUAAUGGCUGAAUUGGAAGAUAUUGCAGGUGCACGAGGUUUUAAGCCAAUGUCUAUGAACUCGGAAAUGAAGACAGACAGAAGUUGUAGAUUGUUGGCAUUACGAGGAUUACUAAAUAAAUUACCAAAUGUGAAUUUUGCUGUACUGAAGUUCAUAUUUCAACAUUUUGUCAGGAUAUCUGAUAACUCUAAACUAAAUAGCAUGGAUAGCAAGAAUUUGGCAAUUUGUUGGUGGCCUACCUUAUUUCCUAUCGAAUUCAGUGACAUGGGGCGUUUUGAACAGAUGAGACCAUAUCUUGAAGACAUUUUUCAAACAAUGAUAGAUCAGUUUCCAUUCUUGUUUUGUGGCCAGGAAGCUAUUGUUAUGGUCUAAAAAGCGAACAAGUGAAAGCAAUAUGAUAAAAACAGUAUUUGUUUGUGAUGUGUAUGCAUUUGAAAUGAGUUGUUGUGGUUAAAAGGAGCGGUUGUUAUUUUAAAUGUUAUGUAGGUCAUAUGAAGAUAUUAUUUUAUAAUCUCAUGUCUGCAUUAGAAGAAAGCUGGUAUGAAUGCAGCUGUC